AUGGAAGCAAUGUCGGCCGAAGAGCUGCGUGCCGAGAUCGAGGCGACGCGCCGCCAGGUGGAAGCAGAGAGGGCUAGACGCCAGGAGCUCGAUGCCGAGAUCACUCGGGCCACAGAGCGGCAGAGGCUGCGCCUAGAGCUGGAGGAGAUGAGGCAGGUUCUGGCACAGGAGCAGUCAGAAAAUGAGAGUGCAGCUGAGCUUCGACGGCUGUUUGACGAAGACCGGGUUCUGAGCGCAUGGCAUACCGGUGGUCGGCUUGCAGGUGGCCGAGACAGCGGGCAACCUGUCAUGAGAGCAAGUGGCGGAAACAGCACGAGCUGUGCAGAGAUGGUCGCCAGGGGCGAGUAUGUCUGGAGAAUCACAGGCUUCUCUUGGUUGAAGAGCAUGCUGAAUCAAGAGGACAACGAUACUGUCGACUCCAUGGGCUUCAAAGUUGGCAACGAGGCGUUCCAAUUUCGUUACAGCCCGUGGGCACACUGCCUGUGUCAUCAGCAUCAUGGGUCUCUCGCCAUCGUGCUGAACACCAAGGCGUGCGUUGCCAUUCGGUAUCGCAUCUACAUCAGGGCACAGAAUGCCGAGUAUGUGCAAUGGGGCGAGACGGGCGAUGCCGUCCACGAUGGAUCCUACGACCACUGGCCGCACUGUUGCGCUUACGGCCCCGAUGUGCAUUGGCCGGGUGAUCCCCCAGCGUCUCUAGGCAUCUUCGGGUUGAGCUAUGAUGAGCUCUUGCACUCCAAGUGGGUGCAAGACGACACUCUCACGGUAAAGUUCGAGCUCGAUGUCCGCCCUGACGAACCCCCCAAAGCUCAGCGCUUGAGUCUCCCAGCAGAUGUCCCUGAGCCAACCAUCAGUCAAGACACGCAGGCGCUGUUGGAGGAAGGCAAGUGCAGCGACGUGCAGUUCUUAGUGCAGGACGAAGUGAUCCACGCCCACUCGCAGGUUCUCUGUGCGCGGUCCGAGGUGUUCAGCAAGCAGCUGACGGCAGGCAUGCAGGAAAGCUUGUCGAAAGUCAUCGUGAUCCAGGACUGCGAUGUCGCUACGUUUAAGGCUUUUCUGCACUUCCUUUACACGGAUCGGCUGCCGGAUGCCCAAGCGCUCCUUUUGAAGGGGACAUCAAGCGAUUCCGGCCCGCAGCUGGGUCAGAUUCAAGCACUUUUGGCCGUGAGUGACAAGUAUCAAGUGAAACGACUGCAGCUGUGGUGUGAGGCGAGGCUUUCAGAGCAAAUCGACAAGUCGCAGGUUUGUGGCAUCCUCUGCCAAGCGCAUCUUCUGCAGGCGAAGCAGCUCGAGACGGCGUGUCUCUCCUUCAUCAAGGACCACAUGAGCCAAGUGCUCACGACGCCUUCCUACGCCGAUCUGAUCAAGAAGUGGCCCCAAGUCGCACUGAAGAUCAGCCUCUUCUCGGCGGGUGUGUCGGGAACCGAGUCUUUGGCAGCCAUGGAUUUGCUGCAAAGAGCGGAUUCGGAGCAGCCGGAGCAGGCAGCCGGAUCAGAACCCUAG